AUGUCUGCGCUGAAAAACUUCAAGUAUCAGGAGGAUGAAGAUGGUCCAAUACCGAGUCUGGUCACUGGGAAAGAGGAAAACAUCAAUGAGGUUUUGGGUGAACUCAGCUUCGAUGGUGGGAGAUGUAUCGUGAGCGAGAAGAAGAUCGAUAUGGCGAACAAGCAGUUUGAAGAAAAGGUUGAAACGUUUAAAAAAGUUCCAGUGACGAUCAUAACGGGUUAUUUGGGGUCUGGUAAAUCGACAGCGUUGGAAAAACUGGCCUUGAAGGGCUCUGAUCGACGUAUGGCCAUCAUAUUGAAUGAAUUUGGAGAUUCGAAUGAUAUUGAAAAAUCGAUGACUAUUAGAAACGGCGAAAAUAGAUACGAGGAAUGGCUUGAUUUGGGUAAUGGAUGCCUGUGCUGCAGUUUGAAGGACGUCGGGAUCAAAGCUAUCGAGAAUAUGAUUGCACAUAGCCCAGGUAAAAUCGAUUAUAUCUUACUCGAAACGUCAGGACUAGCUGAUCCAGGCCCCAUAGCGAAGAUGUUUUGGCUGGAUGAGGGUCUCAACAGUAACAUUUACAUAGAUGGAGUUGUUACCGUUUUAGACGCUGUGAAUAUCUCACAAUGUCUGGAUGAUAUUUCUCCAGAGGCGCAUUGGCAUGGCGAGAAUGUGUUCAUCGAAGAAAAAGUAACUGCGGCGCAUCUCCAACUGGUGAUGGCUGAUGUCAUUUUACUGAAUAAAGUGGACCUUGCCGAAGAACAGGGUUUGGAUCUGGAAAAAGUGGAAAGCAGAAUACGGCUUGUAAAUAGCAUAGCCCCGAUAUAUCGGACAGCCUACGGUGAGCUUCCUAUCGAAAAAGUUCUGGAUUUACAUGCAUUCGAAUCUUUCAAGCUAGAACAACAACCGUCAGGUAAUUUCCACGACCCGAGAAUGCGAACUGUGUCGAUGAGUUUCCCAGCUCUACGAGAUCAAGCGCAUUUUGAAAGAUUUCUUGAAAACUUCCUGCGUCCUGUUCAUUGGAAGAAUUAUGGACAAGAUCUAGAAGGAGAUUGGGAAAUUCAUAGAUCCAAAGGGCUUCUUCUUGUUGGUGAUGAGUGUAAAGUUCUGCAAGGGGUACGAGACACUUUUGAUAUUGUGCCUGGAAGACGACAACCUGGAUCAGAUUGCUGUAAACUGGUUUUCAUUGGCAAAGAUAUUGACGAAGAUAUUUUCGUUGAUAUCUUAAAACAAUUUACAUAG